AUGCCAAGUGUACUGUCUUCUAAAACAAUUCUACCAGACAAAGUAGUUGUCCAUCCUUUAGUUCUUCUUUCUGUAGUUGAUCAUUAUAACCGGGUUUCUGGAAAUAAAUCAAAAGCUAGAGUUGUUGGUGCUUUAUUAGGUUCAGUAAAAAACAAUGUUUUAGAUGUUUCAAACAGCUUUGCAGUUCCUUUUGAAGAGGACAGAACCAACCCAAAAGUUUGGUUUGUAGAUCACAAUUACGUUGAAAAUAUGUAUUAUAUGUUCCGCAAGAUUAAUGCGAGAGAAAAACUUGUUGGCUGGUAUCACACCGGAUCUUCUUUAAGACAAAAUGAUUUAGAAAUCAACGAAUUGUUUAAACGAUUUAUGUCGAACCCCCUUCUUUGCACUAUUGAUGUUCAACCGAAAGAGGAAGGCCUUCCAACUUCUGCUUAUAUGGCUGUAGAGGAAAUUAAUGAUGACGGCUCUCCUACAAUGAAAACUUUUGCUCAUAUUUCUUCUGAAAUUGGAGCAGAAGAAGCUGAAGAAAUUGGCGUCGAGCACUUACUUCGUGACAUAAAAGACACAAUGACCGGAACUUUGUCACAAAAAGUAAGCACUCAGUUAAUAGCUAUUGAAGGACUUGCCCGCAGCUUAAAGGAAAUGCAUCAAUAUCUCUGCGAUGUUGUUAGUGGGAACAUUACUUUGAACAACCAAAUCCUAUAUCAAAUGCAAAAUAUUAUUAAUUUACUUCCGAACUUGAAUGUGGAGGAAACACUUCACUCUUUAACUAUAAAAUCCAACGACGAGCUUCUCGCCAUCUAUAUCGCUUCUCUCGUGCGUUCCGUUAUUGCUCUUCACGAUCUUAUUAAUAACAAAAUCGCCGUGCGUGAAGUUGAAAAGGACGAAUUGCCCAUCAAAUUAAAAAAAAUUCAAAAAAAGGAUGAAAAUGAAGAGAAAACUAAAAAAGAUGUAGCAAAAGAUCUCAAAACUACCACUUUUGAAAUAGAGGAAAACUCAAAAAAAUUUUAA